AUGCCCACCCACGCCCGCGCCGCGCAGCCCUCCAGCUCCGGUGGCCUACUCUGGCUCGUCGACGAUGGCCGGAUCUGGUGGUCGGAGUCACAGAUGCUCCUUCCCUUCUUCUCCCCCGGAUCUCCACCCAUCCCUCUCUCUCCCGAGGCUCGCAGCGGCGAGCGCAGGGCAGUGGCACCCCCGCGGGUGGUGCGUCAGCGCGAGCGGGCCCUGAUGGCCCUCCUCCCUCAUCCCCACACGGGCGGGUCCCAUCCUGAAGGUCCACGGCCAGGCCACCAUCGCGCGUUGACUAUCCGCAUGACCGUCUUCGAUGUCUGGCGGCCAGUGCGCGUCCUCCCCGAUCCGGCGACCCCAGUGGUCGUCCGGGCCGCCGCUUCCACUGCACACAAAGCUGGGCCGGAUACUGGGAUGGAUUGGAUCAUUCACCUUAUUACUGAUGAGUUGAUUCACCCAGCUGGUGCCCGAGAGUAUUCCCUGAGGCGAUUGCUUUUAGAUGUUCCUGACAAUGUUGACAUGGUUAUCUUCCCCAAUUAUGAGAGCAGCAUUGAGAGUGAUGACAUUAAGGAUUCUUUCACUGAGGUUUCCAUGUUUAAGAAAAAUUAUGAUCAUCUUCCGAAGGAUACAUACUUUGGUCUAUACAAAGAAGCAACACAUGGUAAUCCAAACUACUUCCUUACUUAUGGUAAUGGGAAAUCGGCUGCAAGGGCUCAAGAGCAUUUGCGUCCAAAUGGUGCUCAUAGAUGGCAUAAUUACAUGAAAUCCUCAAAUGAAAUCAAAUUGGAGGGGGCUGCUAUUCUGCAUUACACCUACACAAAGUUCUCAGACCUAACCUCAAGGAGGGAUAGGUGUGGUUGCAAGCCAACUAAAGAAGAUGUGAAACGAUGUUUUAUCUUGGAAUUUGACUGUUUGGCCUUUAUAAUUGUAUCAACAGCGACUGGGGAGGAGAUGAAGAACUGGUACCGGGAACAUGUUGUAUGGACUGAUAAAGACACCAAUUUGAAACUUUUGAGGAAGGGUGUCUUAACACGUAUAUAUGCACCCAUGGCUAUCAUUCGUGGCCUUAAGGAAUCCGGUGUCUUUACCAAUGCAGUAACAUCAGCGAAAGCACAGUCAAAAAUAAAGUCAUCAAACAUGGAUCUUGAAAACGAGGCCAUCCAACUAAACGGAACAACUGGUCCGUCCACACUGGAAGGUGGCCACGAAAAGUUACAGGCAACCGUAAGAAAGAUCCUGGAAAUGGUUGACGCCCAGAAAGAAGCAAUGGGGCCAAUGUCGCCCCUGGGUUUUCUGGAGCUCUCUGAAAGCGCCACUGCUUUGUCAUGA